CCCUGCACACUGGAGAGGAAUAUAAUUUAGAAACUUCGAGACGCACGUGAAGCUUGAACGUGAUUGAAUUGCCCGUCUACUAAGCGGCAAAAUGGGCGAUAAAACACAGGUGGAUGAUUUGAAGGCAAAGGGCAAUGCUGCCCUCCAGGCAGGGAACGCCAAGAAGGCCGUGGACUUCUACUCCCAGGCCAUCAAGUUGGAUCCAGCCAACCAUGUGCUGUACAGCAACCGGUCUGCUGCUUACGCUAAGAUGGGAAACUAUGAACAGGCUCUUCAAGAUGGCUGCCAGACGGUGGAGAUCAAACCUGAUUGGCCAAAGGGUUACUCUCGUAAAGCAGCAGCCCUGGCAUUCUUGAAUCGGUAUGCCGAAGCGGAGGUCACAUACAAAGAAGGAUUGGAUCACGAUGCCAACAACCAACAGCUGAAAGACGGCUUGGAAGAAUGCAAGAAACACCUCACAGGGCCAGCCGGUAGCCAGCCCUUGAACAACCCAUUUUCAGGCCCUGGGGUGAUGGAGAAGUUAAAGACGGAUCCUCGGACUAGAGACUUCAUGAAGGACCCUUCCUACAUGGCUCUACUCAAGAAGCUCCAGACAGACUCGAAUGCUCUCGGCAGCUCUCUGAAUGACCCGCGUAUGCUGACCACCUUGAGUGUUUUGAUGGGUGUUGAUCUGCAUAUGGCUGGGGAGGACACGCCAGCAGCGGCCCGGCAGGCUGGUGCAGCAGCCAAGAAGGCCAGUCAAGCAGCGGCAGCAUCCAAGGAGGAACCCAAAGAAGAACCUAUGGAGGUGGACCCCAUUAAAGCCAAGGCCGUUGAGUUAAAGGAAGCCGGGAACGAAGCCUACAAGAAGAAGGACCUCGACAAAGCCAUUGAGUUGUACACACAGGCCAUUGAGAUGGAUCCCAUCAACAUUGCAUUCCUCACUAACAGGGCAGCGGCGCACUACGAGAAGGGAGACCAAGAGGCCUGCCGAGCUGACUGCUUGAAGGCGGUGGAUGUGGGCAGAGAGAACAGAGGCAAUUACAAAAUCAUCGCAAAGGCCUACUGUCGCAUUGCGACGUCUUACGCCAAGGAGAAAGAUUACGAGCAUGCCCUGGAAAACUUUGACAGAUCCCUGGCUGAACAUCGGACCCCGGAGACACUUAAAAAGAAGCAAGAGGUCAUAAAAUCUAAGAAAGAAGAGGAGAAGUUGGCUUACAUUGAUCCAGCCAAGUCAGCUGAGGAGAAGGAACUGGGCAACGCCUGCUUCCAGAAAGGGGACUAUGCCACGGCCGUCAAGCAUUACUCAGAGGCCAUCAAGCGCAGUCCAGAUGAUGCUAAGCUGUUUAGCAAUCGGGCGGCAGCGUACACCAAGCUAGCUGAGUUCAGGUUAGGCUUGGCAGACUGUGAUCACUGUAUCAAGAUGGAACCUACGUUCUUGAAGGGUUAUCUACGGAGAGGCUAUAUUUUGUACGGGAUGCAUAGAUACAGUGAAGCCAGAACAGCGUUUCAGAAGGUGUUAGACAUUGACCCAAGCCAUGCGGAGGCACAGCAGCAGGUCACCAAGUCCAUCAUGGCCGCCAGGUCACAGGUCAACAAUGAUGACCCCGAGGACAUCAAGAAGAGAGCCAUGGCCAAUCCUGAGGUCCAGAAAGUCUUGGGGGAUCCGGCCAUGAGACUCAUCCUGGAGCAAAUGCAGAGCAACCCCGGUGCCGUACGAGAACAUUUGCAGAAUCCAGACAUUGCGGCCAAGCUGGAUGUUCUUGUACAGGCUGGUCUGAUCGCGAUACGCUGACAGCGGCGUUGCAGUCUGCUAUGUGUGUCCAACCCAUCACGUCCUAAUAUGUAAAACACGGUCAAACCUCAAGAAAUAGUGUGAUAUCAGUAUGACUGUAACUGAUUAUAAACGAUCCCUUUGAGACAUGAGUUUGACCAAAGUAUUAUCAAAUAUUACAGUCUGAUUUUUAAAUCAGAAAAUUGUUAAUUAAUUGUUGUUUCCCUUAACUGUGUUGAAUUGUGACAAAGUGUCACUUAACGGGAUUGGGAAAUUGGGAAAGUGUAUUUUUAUUAUUUUGUAUUUUCCCUUUUUGCUAGCUCUGGGAUAAUAUUCAAAACACUUCUAGUGUAACCAGACUAAUUUCAUUAACUGCUAUUUCACUUGUGACGUAUUAGGAUUCCAGACCAGCGUUAGUCUCUGUGAGGCAAACAUAGAUUAGAAAUACAUAUCUUUUUUUUUGUAUUAUUUCUUGUGAGUUGAAAGGAAUACUCGGACAAGAGGAAACUCUAUUAAUCCUAUAGACACCAGUUUCUUUCAUACGAAAUUGACAAAUAUAAUCAGUGUGAAGGGUAUGAAUGUGUCAUACCUGAGACAAUUAUUAAAAAUCGGUACUACAAUCAUUCUUGGGUAUAAUUUACAAUAUUUGGGAAGCAGAUUUCAAGAAUUCUACAUGGAAUAGUUACACCCAAACUAGACCAUCGUCCCAACUUAAUUUGGGAAAGUACAGUUGGGACUGCCCAAAUGUAGUUGGGACUGUCCCAGCUGUAGUUGGAACCACCACAACUGUAGUUGGAACCACCCCAACUGUAGUUGGGACUGGCCCAACUGUAUUUGGGACCGCCCCAACUGUAGUUGGGACCGCCCCAACUGUAGUGGGGACCACCCCAACUGUAUUUGGGACUGCCCAACUGUAGUUGGAACCGCCCCAACUGUAGUUGGGACUGGCCCAACUGUAUUUGGGACCGCCCCAACUGUAGUUGGGACCGCCCCAACUGUAGUGGGGACCACCCCAACUGUUGUUGGGACUGGCCCAACUGUAUUUGGGUUAACGAAUGGUUCAGAUAUUUUUUUCCCCAUGUAGAAUAUGAGAAAAUUACCAAUUAAAUUUGUUUUGAAGUAAUCAAAAUA